GAUCUGCUUCCUUUUCGAUUUGUGCUGAAAUUUGCUCUAAUUGUUAAAUCUGAGUUGAUUGCUGAUUCUUCUGUGAAUAUUACUGUAUAAUUACCAUUGUGGUUGAAUUAAUUACUUAGAUGUUGUGGGGUUUAUGGAUGCUUGAUGCUUCAAUUUAUCAAUAUCGCGAUAAAAAGUUUAAUUUUUUGUGUCUUCGUAUGUAUUACUGAAGAUGAGGAUGCCAUUUAGUACAUUGAUAAUUAUUCAUGCACUCUCUAAAAUCUGACCAUUUAGUCAGUUACUGCCUUUUGAAAUAAGGAAGCAUUAAGUUUUGAUUUUGUAAUGUCCGGGUACCAUUACUCCAUAUUAAGAGUAGAGACGGUUGGCUAAUUGGCGGUGUAUGUUAUUGUGCUAGAGAGUGUAACCGUUUAAUCCCAGCUACUAUUGCCUUAGCCUUUUGGUCUUGAUUUGUGGAUUUGAAAUUCCAAACUAGGGAAAGUUGAACAUCAAAAAGAUUGUGAGAGGUGGCUUAUUAGCUUUGUCCUAUUUACAAAACUUUUUUUGACACACUAGAAAAGUCGAGUAAUUUGGUUUGUUAAAUCUUGUUGAAAUUCAUUUGUUAGAUAACCUUUAAAAGUUCAAUAUGCGAUAUUUUAAUACAAACCUGGUUCCUUGUGGAGCCAUUCCUUAAUAUGAUACUAUUUUAUUUUCCGCCUCAAACAAUCUCAUUUGCACGAUUGUUUUUUUUUUACCCCCCAAGAUUGCCCCAAACCUCAACUUCACUUUAUUAAGAGAGAAAGAGAGAGGGAGAGGGAGAGAGAGAGAGAGACCGCCUCUAACAAUCUCAUUUGACGAUUGUUUUUUUUUUUGUAUCCCCCCAAGAUUGCCCCAAACCUCAACUUCACUUUUUAAGAGAGAGAGAGAGAGAGAGCAAGUUGGGUUGCAAUUAGGAAAGUUUACCGAUUAAGGUAUGGAUCAAUCUUCUAAGGACGUCCAAGAGAGAGAGAGAGAGAGCAAGUUGGGUUGCAAUUAGGAAAGUUUACCAAUUAAGGUAUGGAGCAAUCUUCUAAGGACAUCCAAGAGAGAGAGAGAGAGAAAGAGAGCAUUUUGGGUUGCAAUUAGGGAAGUUUACCGAUUAAGGUAUGUAGCAAUCUUCUAAGGACGUCCAUUUUUAGUAUAUGGGGACCUUAGGAAAGUUUACCGAUUAAGGUAUGGACCCAUCUUCUAAGGACGUCCAUUUUUAGUAUAUGGGGACCAUGGGGAAAUCUAUCAAGGACAAAGGGAUUAUUUGUGAGAGCUUAUUUGUCCAGCUAGUUACAUUGGCUAACUGGUUGACUAUAUUUUUGAUUGAUUGUUAGGUGAUUGUAAAAUUAUCUGGUAAGUAAUAGCUCAUUAAUUUUUGGUGAUGCAACACUAUGAUAUAAUAUUGCCCUUUUAGUUAGCUACGAGAAACCCCUUUCAACAUAUUCCAUUUUCAAGCUUAUUGCAGAGGUGACUAUCGAACCCAAUAAUCUCUUACAAUAUUUUGGGCUCUGGUGAAACAGCUUACCCUCCAAAUAGGUUAUAAGCUCUUUGCCUAACCCCUUUUAUUGUGUUAAAAUGACACAAUUUUUGUAAGCUUUCUAUGAAGUUGUGUUGAGGGUAUCCCAUUUUUUAGGAAUGAUUAUCUACAAGAGAACAAUACCCAUAUAGAAGUCCCUUCUUUUGUGGUUUAUCAAUGUUUCAAAAUUUAUCCUAGGGUUUUUGCUGAUGCCAUGCAGGUUAACAUGGUUGGUAGCAGGGGAAAGGGAUCAAGAUCAAAAACUAAGGGUCUUGCACCUGGACCUGUUGAGCCCGAGCCUUUGAAGAUCAGUCUUGAUGAAACUUUUGAUGGUCCUUUAGGUGGAGAGGAUGAAAAGAUUGAUACUUUAAUAGAAAUGCCGUUAGAGGAGCAACAGAUAGAUGAGAUGAUCUCUGGAUCUGUUUUUAGUGAUUGGCUUGAAGAAAAGGAUCAAAAUGUACUUGAAGUCAAUUUUGCGACUGAGAUAAGUGUUAACAGAACUGAAGAUGUCUGUACACAGGAAGGAACAAUAAAGGAUGUGGAUGAGGUGAUUGAUGGAAGUGAUGCAGCUGCUGAUGAUGUUGAGGACAAUGAAGAGAAAAGAAUAAAUCCAGAAGAAGAUGAAGCGGGGAAUAGUGAUAAGAAGCCAGAGGAAGAUGAAAGUAAGAGUUUGGAGGUGACCAGAGAAGGUUUGCCUACUGAUGCUGAAGGUCUUUCUUCUUUUGACCAUGGAACAAAGGAAUCCAUGGUAGAUAAUCUAGAAGAACCAAAUAAACUUGACACAGUGAAGCCAAUAGGCACUCUUUUAGAUAAGGGGGAGGAAGAACAUGUGGAAGAAAAUACAAGCAUUGCUAAUGAGGUCAAGGAAGUCACUGGGAUGGUCAUUAGACCCAAUAAGAAAGUAGGGAAGAAAAAGGUUGUUAGAAGGAAGGUUAUGGUGCGGAGGCCAGUGACAGAUGAGGCACAGAAAAAUGAUGAGAAGCCAGAGGAAGAUGAAGCACCAGUGAAGAUUGGACCUGACAGUAAUGAUACUGAUACUGGAGAUGAAAGGAAGAGUUUAGAGGUAACAGAAGGUGUGCCGACUGAAACUGAAGAUCUGUCUUCUUUUGACCGUGGAAUACAGGAAACCAUGAUAGAUAAUCUAGAGAAUCUUGAAGAACCAAUUAAACCUGAUGCAGUGAAGCCUGUAGGCACUCUUUCAGAUAAGGGAGAGGAAGAGAAUAUAGAAGAAAAUGCAAGCAUUACUAAUGAUGUCAAGGAAGUCGCUGGCCAGGCCAAUAGACCAAAGAGGAAAGUAGUGAAGAAAAAGUUGGUUAAGAAGAAGAGGUUGCUGAAGCAAGCUGCAGCUGUAAAUGAAGAAAUGCCACAACCUUUGGAUGAGAACAAUGCUUCUGGUGAGGCUUGCAAAGUAGACAUGAAAGAGCAUGUAAAUACUGAAGCCCCAUCAGAUGAAGCAUGCAAAGCAGACGCGAAUGAUCAUGUAAACAAUGCAGAGGAGACUGAAGUGAAAGCAGCUGUGAAGAGCAAUAGGAAACGGAACAAUAUUAGAAAGAAGAAGGCUCCACUAGGUAAUUCAGGUGUAGCAACUGUGAAAGAUGCUCACAAACUGCAGUCAGAAAAGAUCGAAAAGACUAAUGAAAUUAAUGAGCCAGAUGUGAAAAAUGGCGAGAUGGAAAAAUCUGCGGAUAGGGUAAGUCUAUCAAAGAGGAGUAAAAAGAAAAAUGUGGCUAAAAAUGGCUUCCAGGAUGGGGUUUCCAAUGAUGCAAGUAAGCCCAAACCAUCCAAGGAAGGUAAAUCAUCAAAAAAAAUGGAUAGCAUGGGGAUGAUAUUCAUGUGCAGUUCAGAAACAAAAAAGGAUUGUUAUCGCUACAAAAUUUUAGGGCUACCUGCUGGCAAAAAAGAUAUGGUUAUGAAAAUUUACAAGGGCAUGAGACUUUUUCUGUUUGAUGUUGACCUUAGAAUGAUGUACGGAGUCUACAAGGCUGCGGAUCCUGGGGGAUACAAUAUUGAACCCAGGGCAUUCAAGUCCCAAUUUCCUUCCCAGGUUCGUUUUUCCAUCCUUGAAGAUUGUGUGCCAUUAGCAGAGGAGAGAUUCAAACAGGUCCUCAAGGAUAAUUACUACACGAAGAACAAGUUCAAUUGCCAGCUGAACAGUAAACAGGUGAAAGACUUGUGUAAGCUUUUCCAUGAGACAAAGAAGAAAGCUGAAUCCCAAAAAGUUAGUGCGAGCAGAAGACCAGUUGCCACCAGUUCAUCUGCAAGGCGGGACAAGAAGAGAAAAAGGGUAGAGGAUAGCCGUAGAGGAGCAGCUGCUCCUGUAGAGCGGAACAGAAGCCGGCGAAGAGUUCAGGAAGAAAUAAGGCGUGCUCCUGUGGUCAUAGAUGACAGAAGCCGGCGAAGGGCUCAUGAAGAAAUAAUAAGGCAUGCUCCUGUGGUCAUAGAUGACAGAAGCUGGAGAAGAGCUCGGGAAGAAGUAAGGCAUGCUCCUGUAGUCAUAGAUGACCGUAGUGGGAGAAGGGCUCAGGAAGAAUUAAGGCAUGCUCCUGUUGCUUUAGAUGACAGAUAUCAGAGACACCCUGUUUAUGAGAGGGAAACCUAUCUGUCAUCUUUGGCACCAGCAACUUCAUAUCAGCCUAUACCAGCGCUUAGCCCUCCGCGCUCUAGAAUGUAUUCCUUUGAUAGAACCUUGGGAACUGAUUCUUACAGGAGGGAAUCAGUCCUAGGCCAUCGAGAUCUAGGCCUUUCGAGCUCUCAGGAAUCAAGGCUUCUAAUUGGGCGCAGUCACCAUGACAUCAACCUAUCUUAUAGAGAACCCCAUGUCUAUAGUGCGCCUCUAUAUAGCACUGAUACAAGGAGAGAACAUUAUGAUUAUACUUCUGAUAGACUACCUGCCGAGUAUUAUACACCUGCUGAACAUCGUCCUCCCCCACCUUUGUAUCGUAGGUACUGAACAACUUUGGGGAAAGACUGAAAGAUGAGUUAACCGUCUUCAAAUGGACACCAUUUUAUUUGUACUUGGCGACUGUUUGUUGUUUUUCAAGCUUUUUUAACUUCUAUGUACAAGUAUUAAAUUAUGUCUUUGCUUUCAAGAAUUAAUCAGUUGCCUUUUGAUAGGAUAUUGGAUCUCAUUUACCAGGAUUAACUAAAUGGGUAUUUGUGUUAAUGAGCAAUGUUGUGGGCUUGGUUUUGGCCCUAAUCUCGUUAACAAUGGUUCAA